AUGCCGCCUAUGGACGCACAAGCACCAUCGCAAAAACCGGCCGAGCCCAUCCUGUUCUCGUUCCCGGACUCGGACCAACUUUCGCGCAACCUCGCCGACUUCGUCAUCAAGGCGCAGAACGAUGCCAUCUCGCGUCGUAACAAGUUCACGCUCGCGACGUCUGGUGGAUCGCUGCCCAAGAUGCUGGCCAAGUACCUGAUCAACCGCGACGACAAUGCGUUGCGGUGGGACAAGUGGGAGAUCUUCUUCUGCGAUGAGCGACUCGUCCCGCUGGAUCACGAGGACAGCAACUACCACCUGUGCCAUCAGGAAUUUUUCUCCAAGGUGCCCGAGUUGAAGCGCAGCCAGAUCCACACGAUCGACGAGAGCCUGCUCGACGACCCGGAGGAGCUGUCGGAUGCAUACGAGAAGCAGCUCGUCCAGGCGUUCGCGGGCAAGGAGGCCGUGCGCAACCCGGUCUUCGACCUGAUCCUCCUCGGCAUGGGCCCGGACGGCCACACCUGCAGCCUGUUCCCCGGCCACGAACUGCUCACGGAACAGGACCGCUGGGUAGCCCCCAUCGUGGACAGCCCCAAACCCCCCGCCAAACGCAUCACUUUCACCUAUCCCGUCCUCAACCACGCCCACCGCCUCGCCUUUGUGCUUGCGGGUGAAGGCAAGCAGGAGAUGCUCAGCAAGGUCCUCGACCAGCCUGAACUGGGCCUGCCCGCUUCCAGGGUCCGCCCUUCGCCUCCGGGUGAUAUCUACUUUUUCACCGAUAACGCCGCCAGCAAGACGACCGCGUAUGCUCGCUCCGAUUUCAAGCUCUGA